AUGUUGCUCCCCUCCGCGCUCCCCUGUGACAUGCGCCGCCCGUCGCGCCUCACCCCCAGUCGCUUAUUCUCCACGCCUCCUCCCUCCGACGACGACUUCCCCUCCAGAAACGGGCUCCUGGGUACCUGUCGCGCCUUACAAUCCCUCCUCAACGCAUCUCCGGCACCGUCUCCGCGAUGCGCAAAGCCGCAACGCCUCCAAAGCCCCCUCCAUAUCAGACCCGCGACUCCUGGCCGGUCGCGCACGCCCAAAGCGGUCAACCCCUCUCCCACACCCUCCCGCGGCGUUAACAAACGACGACGCGACUGCUUCGAAGGAGACCUCGAUGAAGAUACCUCUAGUGAGAUGGAAACGUUCGCGCGGCACAGAUUCUCGACGCCCAAGCGUCGCCGACACGUCCCGUACGACCUACCAUUGGGUCUGUCACAAUCCGACUUUUACUCCCUCCACUCCCCGCCCACCACACAAUCACCUCCGUCACCCGCCCAUCUCACGAAACAGAACUCCAACACGCGUGAUGAUCGCGCGCCGUCGUUCGACCCCGACGCGGCGCUGCCGUCUAUCGAAGAGGCAGACGAGCCCGUCGCGUCGGACGACGGCUGGACCACCGACGAUGACCAGCGACUGGUCCAGAUCGUCUUGGAAAAAUUCCAACUAUCCCAGCGCGACUGGGACGAAUGCGCCCGACGAAUAGGCAAGGACAAUGCCAGUGUCGGGCGCCGGUGGCAGGCUCUCGUUGGCGACGGCAACGUCGGCUUGCGACGAGGCCGGCGCAUGGUCCGCGGCCGUCUCAACGAGAGCUGGCUGCAAUGA